GGCGGCGCCGUGGGGCCGCGGUGUCGCUUCCUGACGGGCGGCUCGGACGGACGCGGCGGGUACCGGCCGGGAAGCCGGGGUUGCAGCCUCGCUCGCCCGCUCGCUCGAGCCGCCCGCCCGCGGGGCUGCCAGCCCCCGCCGGGCCGGUGCCAUGCAGGAAAGCCAGACCAAGAGCAUGUUCGUGUCCCGGGCCCUGGAGAAGAUCUUGGCCGACAAGGAGGUGAAGCGGCCCCAGCACUCCCAGCUGCGCAGGGCCUGCCAGGUGGCGCUCGAUGAAAUUAAAUCAGAAAUAGAAAAACAAAGGCUUGGCGCCGCCGCUCCCCCAAAGGCAAACUUCAUUGAAGCCGACAAGUAUUUCCUUCCGUUCGAGCUGGCUUGCCAGUCCAAGUCCCCACGGGUGGUCAGCACAUCUCUCGACUGCUUGCAGAAACUCAUUGCAUAUGGGCAUAUCACUGGCAAUGCCCCCGACAGCGGAGCCCCGGGAAAGCGACUGAUCGACAGGAUCGUUGAAACCAUUUGCAGUUGUUUCCAGGGCCCUCAAACCGAUGAAGGAGUUCAGUUGCAGAUAAUUAAGGCUCUCCUGACCGCGGUGACUUCCCCACACAUUGAAAUUCACGAGGGCACUAUCCUACAUACAGUUAGGACAUGUUACAAUAUCUAUUUGGCCAGCAAAAAUCUCAUCAAUCAAACCACUGCCAAAGCCACCCUUACUCAGAUGCUGAACGUCAUUUUCACCCGCAUGGAAAACCAAGUGUUGCAGGAGGCCAGAGAAUUGGAAAAACCAAUCCAGUCAAAACCCCAGUCCCCCGUGAUCCAAGUUGUGGCAACAUCCCCAAAGUCUGGUCGUUUGAAGCAGAGCCAGGCACAGAGCAAACCAACAACUCCCGAAAAAACAGAUUUAACCAACGGUGAUCAUGCUAGGAGUGGUUCUGGUAAAGUGGGCCCAGAAAACGGAGACACACUCAGAGAAAGAGGCCCGUCACUAUCAGGGAUGGAUGAAAUGCCAAUGGAUGGAGCCCAGGAGGUGGUGAAGGAGAUCUUAGAAGAUGUAGUCACAUGUGCUGUUAAAGAAGCAGCAGAAAAGCACAGUGUGAUGGAACCCGAGAGGGUCCUAGGCGGACCAGAGUGCCAGGAAUCUGCUGUCCCCCCAGGAGUAGACGAAAACUCACAGACCAAUGGGAUAGCAGACGACAGGCAGUCCUUGUCGUCGGCAGAUAAUCUGGAAUCGGACACACAAGGACAUCAGGUGGCUGCUAAGUUCUCUCACAUUCUGCAGAAGGAUGCCUUCCUCGUGUUCCGCUCCCUUUGCAAGCUGUCCAUGAAACCCCUUGGAGAAGGCCCCCCAGAUCCAAAAUCCCACGAGUUGCGCUCCAAGGUGGUUUCCCUGCAGCUGCUCCUCUCCGUGUUGCAGAAUGCUGGCCCAGUCUUCAGGACACACGAGAUGUUCAUCAAUGCAAUCAAGCAAUAUCUCUGUGUGGCCUUGUCCAAAAAUGGCGUCUCUUCAGUGCCUGACGUCUUUGAACUCUCUCUUGCCAUAUUUCUUACUCUUCUUUCAAACUUUAAGAUGCACUUGAAAAUGCAGAUCGAGGUCUUUUUCAAAGAGAUUUUCCUGAAUAUUUUAGAAACGUCCACAAGUUCCUUUGAGCACAGGUGGAUGGUCAUUCAGACUCUGACAAGGAUCUGUGCAGAUGCCCAGUGUGUUGUGGAUAUUUAUGUCAACUACGACUGUGAUUUAAACGCUGCUAACAUUUUUGAGCGCCUUGUAAAUGAUUUAUCCAAAAUCGCUCAGGGAAGAAGUGGACACGAGCUGGGAAUGACACCUCUGCAGGAGCUCAGUCUGAGGAAGAAAGGCCUAGAAUGCCUGGUGUCCAUUCUCAAGUGCAUGGUGGAGUGGAGCAAAGACCUGUAUGUGAAUCCCAACCACCAGACUAGCCUCGGUCAGGAGAGGCUCCUAGAUCAGGAAAUGGGGGAUGGGAAAGGCCUUGACAUGGCGAGACGGAGCAGCGUGACGUCCACAGAGUCCACAGUAUCCUCAGGGACCCAGACGACUGUCCAGGAUGAUCCAGAGCAGUUUGAGGUCAUCAAGCAACAAAAGGAAAUCAUUGAACACGGCAUUGAGCUGUUCAACAAGAAGCCCAAGAGGGGGAUCCAGUUUCUCCAGGAACAAGGCAUGCUGGGAACAUCAGUUGAAGACAUUGCCCAAUUUCUGCACCAGGAGGAGCGCCUAGAUUCUACCCAAGUAGGUGAAUUUCUGGGAGACAGCGUGAGGUUCAACAAGGAGGUGAUGUAUGCCUAUGUGGACCAACUCGACUUCUGCGAAAAGGAAUUUGUCUCAGCCCUGCGGGCGUUCCUAGAAGGUUUCCGCCUACCCGGGGAGGCGCAGAAGAUUGAUCGGUUAAUGGAGAAGUUUGCUGCAAGAUACAUAGAGUGCAACCAGGGGCAAACUCUGUUCGCUAGUGCUGAUACUGCGUAUGUCCUAGCAUACUCAAUUAUCAUGCUUACUACAGACUUGCACAGUCCUCAGGUAAAAAAUAAAAUGACAAAAGAGCAGUAUAUUAAAAUGAAUCGGGGUAUCAAUGAUAGUAAAGAUCUACCAGAAGAAUAUCUCUCGAGCAUCUAUGAGGAGAUAGAAGGCAAGAAAAUUGCAAUGAAAGAAACAAAAGAGCAUACGAUUGCAACCAAAUCUACUAAGCAGAACGUAGCUAGUGAAAAGCAACGACGACUACUGUACAACUUGGAGAUGGAGCAGAUGGCGAAAACAGCCAAAGCUCUGAUGGAGGCCGUGAGCCACGCCAAAGCCCCAUUUACAAGUGCCACUCACUUGGACCACGUCCGGCCAAUGUUCAAACUGGUAUGGACACCACUUCUGGCAGCCUACAGCAUCGGGCUACAGAACUGUGACGACACUGAAGUUGCCUCCCUGUGUUUGGAAGGCAUCCGCUGUGCAAUCCGAAUCGCCUGCAUCUUUGGAAUGCAGCUGGAACGAGAUGCCUAUGUUCAGGCUCUUGCUCGCUUCUCCCUGCUGACAGCCAGCUCCAGCAUCACAGAAAUGAAGCAGAAAAACAUCGACACCAUAAAGACACUUAUUACAGUGGCUCACACCGAUGGCAAUUACCUUGGGAAUUCCUGGCAUGAGAUCUUGAAAUGCAUCAGCCAGCUGGAGCUCGCUCAGCUAAUAGGAACUGGUGUGAAGACCCGCUACCUGUCUGGGUCUGGGCGUGAAAGAGAAGGGAGCCUGAAGGGCCACACGUUGGUGGGAGAAGAGUUCAUGGGCCUUGGUCUCGGUAAUUUGGUGAGCGGUGGAGUGGAUAAAAGACAGAUGGCCAGCUUCCAGGAAUCGGUCGGUGAGACCAGUUCACAGAGCGUGGUCGUAGCUGUGGACAGAAUUUUUACUGGCUCUACCAGACUGGAUGGAAAUGCAAUCGUUGACUUUGUCCGCUGGCUGUGUGCCGUGUCCAUGGACGAGCUGGCUUCCCCCCACCACCCUCGCAUGUUCAGCUUGCAGAAGAUUGUGGAGAUAUCAUACUACAACAUGAAUCGGAUCCGGCUGCAGUGGUCCCGAAUAUGGCAUGUGAUUGGAGAUCACUUUAAUAAGGUUGGCUGUAACCCCAAUGAAGACGUGGCUGUCUUUGCUGUUGACUCAUUAAGACAACUUUCCAUGAAGUUUCUUGAGAAGGGAGAAUUAGCCAACUUCCGUUUCCAGAAGGAUUUUCUGAGACCCUUUGAGCAUAUUAUGAAGAAAAACAGGUCUCCGACCAUCCGAGACAUGGUGAUCCGCUGCAUCGCCCAGAUGGUGAAUUCCCAGGCGGCUAACAUUCGCUCAGGCUGGAAGAACAUCUUUGCCGUGUUCCACCAGGCGGCCUCCGAUCACGACGGAAACAUCGUGGAGCUGGCCUUCCAGACCACAGGCCACAUUGUCACAACUAUUUUCCAGUACCACUUCCCUGCAGCCAUCGAUUCCUUUCAGGAUGCAGUAAAGUGCUUGUCAGAGUUUGCGUGCAACGUUGCUUUCCCUGAUACCAGCAUGGAAGCCAUCCGGCUCAUCCGCUUCUGUGGGAAAUACGUCUCCGAGAGGCCCCGGGUGCUACAGGAAUACACAAGUGACGACAUGAAUGUAGCUCCUGGCGACAGAGUCUGGGUCCGAGGCUGGUUCCCCAUUCUAUUCGAGCUCUCCUGCAUCAUUAAUAGAUGCAAGUUAGAUGUACGGACAAGAGGACUCACUGUCAUGUUUGAGAUCAUGAAGAGCUACGGCCACACCUUUGAAAAGCAUUGGUGGCAGGAUCUGUUCAGAAUCGUGUUUAGGAUUUUCGACAACAUGAAACUUCCGGAGCAGCAGUCAGAGAAAUCUGAGUGGAUGACGACAACUUGCAAUCACGCACUUUAUGCUAUUUGCGAUGUAUUUACCCAGUUUUACGAAGCUCUGAAUGAAGUUCUGCUUUCCGAUGUAUUUGCACAGUUGCAGUGGUGUGUAAAGCAAGAUAAUGAGCAGUUGGCUCGAUCAGGUACAAAUUGCUUAGAAAACUUAGUAAUAUCCAAUGGAGAGAAAUUCAGCCCUGGUGUCUGGGAUGAAACGUGCAGUUGUAUGUUAGAUAUUUUCAAAACAACCAUCCCACAUAUUUUGCUGACAUGGAGACCUGUAGGCAUGGAGGAAGAUUCAUCAGAAAAACAUUUGGAUAUGGAUCUGGACCGCCAGUCUUCAAGCAGCAUAGAUAAGAAUGCCUCUGAGAGAGGCCAGAGCCAGCUCUCUAACCCGACCGACGACAGCUGGAAGGGUAGACCAUAUGCAAAUCAGAAACUGUUUGCCAGCCUCCUCAUCAAGUGUGUGGUCCAGUUGGAAUUGAUACAGGCCAUUGACAACAUCGUGUUCUACCCCGCAACGAGCAAAAAAGAGGAUGCAGAGCACAUGGUUGCUGCCCAGCAAGAUACGCUCGAUGCAGAGAUCCACAUAGAGACAGAGGACCAGGGCAUGUACAAGUACAUGUCGUCACAGCACCUCUUCAAGCUGCUGGACUGUUUGCAGGAGUCCCAUUCAUUCUCAAAGGCCUUCAACUCCAAUUACGAGCAGCGGACCGUCCUCUGGCGAGCAGGUUUUAAGGGCAAGUCUAAGCCCAAUCUUCUAAAACAAGAAACCAGCAGCCUGGCCUGCUGUUUGAGGAUCCUCUUUCGAAUGUACGUCGACGAGAACCGAAGGGAUUCCUGGGAAGAAAUACAGCAGCGACUUUUAACUGUGUGCAGUGAAGCUCUUGCAUACUUCAUCACGGUGAACUCCGAAAGCCAUCGGGAAGCCUGGACAAGUCUCUUGUUGUUACUUCUAACAAAAACCCUCAAAAUAAAUGAUGAAAAGUUUAAAGCACAUGCUUCGAUGUACUAUCCCUACUUGUGUGAAAUGAUGCAGUUUGACCUGAUUCCUGAGCUCCGAGCAGUUCUGCGGAAGUUCUUCUUACGGAUAGGUGUUGUUUAUAAGAUAUGGACUCCAGAAGAGCCAUCACAGCUCCCAGGGACAUUGUCAGCAGUGUGGUAGCACUGGCCCGUCCGAGCCACAGCUGCAGCUCCACAGAACAUUCCUAAUGCCUCCUCUGACUGACACAUCUUAUGAAGGGUCAGGUCAUAGAAACAAGGAGUCGGCAUCUUGGAUCUCAGAAUGGUCUGGACGAGGAUGGCGUCUCUGCUGGCCCCAUCAGAGUCCAUGAUGGUUCUCAUCAAAUUGUUGCAUACCCAGUUAACACAGUAGGUGGGGAGUCUGUUUCAUCUCUGUCAUUCCAUUUGGCUGAUUAAAUUGUCUGUCGAAUCGGUCAUCGCAGAUGCCAUCAUUUUCUAGCAGAGUCCCACGAUUGGUUGUAAAUUUUUGUCAGAGGAAGUUGCUCUCCUUGAAAAUACUGAACAUAGCUGUAUAGGUUCAUGAUUAUUAGAGUACGUUAAUAAAAUUUCUUGUAACGGUUAACUGCCACCGAAAAAUACGCUGGGUUUUUUUGUUGUUGUUCGAGCGUGUUAGAGAAGUUUGAGUGUCUUUGUCAGUUGUAAGUCAGCUGUAGUUAGAUCAGUUUGGGGAAAGUUAGGGAAGAGAAGGGCUUUUUGUGUGUGUUUUUUUUAAUGUCUGAUUGGUUUUUAAAGUAUUUUACAAAAUGAUCUCAUUGAAGAUUUGAUUGAAGGCAGAGUUUAGUGAUUAAGUUAGAAUUAAGAGCUUGCAAGAUUAAAAAAAAAAAAAAAUGUAGUGCCUCCUGGCUCUCCCUGUUUUAGUAAGCUGGGGAGAAAAAUCUAUAGGAAGAAAGUAAACAAUUUAAGGAAGAUGAUUAGCCUCCUUUGAAGUAAGUAUAUGUGGAUGGGUAUUGUAUUAAAAUUUCAGAAUACGUUGUCCAUCUCACACACUGAAAUCUAAUAUAUGAAGUAGUAAUGAAAAUGAAGUAGUAAUUUAACCAGAGUUAAUUUAUAUUUGAGUAAAACCUUUUUAUUUUUAACUCAGAAUAGUGAGUGUAUUGAUUGUGAGUAUCACUGCUUUGCACAGUCCCCACUAAAGGGCCCUCGAGAGAGGGACAGUAACUGUGCAUGAGAAGAGAUGCUCCUGUGGCCCUCCCCAGCCAAGUGGCAUGGGUUGAACCAGAACGAGCCUGUGCUGUCGUGAGCCAGCACAGCUGAUGUGACGACAGCAGGAGGUGGCAUGUGCCCAAUGUUUCCGUUAAUUUGAGCCUGGGAGCUGAAUUUUUUGGAAGGUUAGGUUCUGGGGUCCUUAUUAUGUUAAUGAUGGUGCAAUACUCUUAACUGCAGUAGAACUGAAUUCUGAUGCAGCUUUUGUAAAAGUGGGCAUAUACAAAUGCAGCCCGGAACCUGCAAACAGUAUAUUUGGAAGCUUAAUUUAUUCUGAGUCAGCGAAAAAAAGAACCACGCGCUCAUUCUCUGCCCUCUCAUCCACUGCUCUCCUGGAGCAGCACUGAGCGUUAGAAAAAGUAUUACACAGAGUUAUUAAAACAUUCAAACUUCUACCUACACUCUUUAGUUCUGUAAAUUGGGUUGUACUGAUGUCAACUCUGGUGCCUUAGAAGUUACUAGUUUGGGAACCUAUCUGUAAAAUUGAGUAUUUUUUCUUUAUAGAGAAGGAUUUCUGGUGCUUAUUAAGAGAUUGAUUUUUAAGUUUUUUGUUUUUAACAGCUUGAGAAUUUUUUUUGUUUUGUCCAGCCAUCCUCUGUCUUCUUUCUUCUUUCCCAAAAAGGGUUUUAAUUUCUCUACCAAAGAAAAAAAGACCAGGUUUAGGUUUUUAUAUUACUUAUGUAUAUUAGCAAAGAGGAGCUAUAUAAUUUAGCAGGAAGGGACUAUGGGAGAAUAUUUUACUGUGAAUGGGAAAUGUUAGCACAUUUGACCAACUUUUCCUGGAAUCUGUUACAUCCUUACACUGCAACGUGAAACUCACGUUCUGAGAUUCACCCCCGGUACUGUAGUCUGUCACAACCUCAAUGAUAAUCAAUAUUUGUGCUGAAGGUAUAGAUGAAGAACAUGUGGCUGAUUCAUACUUACCUCCAUACAGUAGAGAUACGUCCCUUGAUUGGUGGUAUUUUUCUUUCCUUCCGAGGUUCUCAUGUGGCACUUUCUUCAUCGAAUGUGACUUUUCCAAUGUUUUCCUGCCUUCUCUUUAAUUGUUGCCUCCUCUCGUGGGGUAGAGAAUGUGGAAGAGCAUUUGGUUACUUAUUGAAACAUUCAGACUUAGAUUUCCUUUUAACUUCGUCUUUUGAACAUUUCAUUUUUCUGAAUUUGACUUGUACCAGCAGUGGACCUUUUAAAAACUCGAUGUAAAACCAUUUUGGGUAAUUUUUCUCGUCGGUAGACAGUGACAGAGGAAAUCCUUUACCUCCAGUAAUAAGCCAUUCAGCUGAAAUUCUUUUUUGUGAAUAAAUCUAUUCUUUCUCAUGAUACACAUGGCUUGUGCCACUCAAACACUAGUGAAAAGGAUGUGUGCGACGCCAGGGCACCGGGCCAGGCGCACUUUAUUGCACAGAGUUACAGAGGAGUGUGAAGCUUUUUCCAAGGCCUUAUUUCUUUCUCAGAAUGCUUUAAGUGCUGGUUAUAUGUGCUGGGUCUCUAGAGAAGUUUUUGUUACAAUACUGCUGCUUUGAACAAUUUUGUUUUUCUUCAUUGUCCAAUAGAGAAAUCACCAGCUUUGGCAUCUUAACAACAAACGGUGGAUGGGGUAUUUUCUCUCUAAUCUGCAUCUUUAGAGUCAAAUAUACCUUUUCCCUGUUGCUCCUUGUAUACAACCAAAGAACAUACAUUACAGAAAUCGUAUGAUAAUAUCUGGAAACAGAACAUUUUCCUCUGACAGGUGACUUUUGUACAAAAUGGAAAAAAGAAAAAGCUAAACUUUUUUUGCUGUUUUAUGAUAAUGGCUACACAUCCCGUAGUCGUCAUAGUUAAUUAAAGGAACCUGCUGACAAAUGAAAGUAUUACCUAAUUUUCUAAUGUUUCAAAUGUUUGUUGUUACGAUGCAAGCGGAUAUUGAUUUAAACAGAAGCUGGAUCCUUAAUACUUUAUUUUCUGAAUUCUGUUUUAAUAUUUGUGUUAGACAUGGCUUGAGCUCAUAGGAAAUCUUUGGAGUUUUGUUAUCUGCAGCUUUGAAGUUGGGAAGAACAGUAAACCAAAGCUGAAUAUUUUAAAGAAUGAAUAUAUCUGGAAUUCCUUGCUUACAAAAAAAAAAAAAAAAUUACAGA